CAGGCAGCAGCUCGCGGCCAAAAUCGUGACGAAGAGAAGAAUGUUAGUGACGUGUUCAACGACGAUCCCGUCGGAUUUUGCCGCUACCACCAAUCCGAGCUUCACACCAACGAGCAGUGUCGUCUCAAGCAACAACUGCGGCGCGCGCGUUCGAGAGAGGGCGCCGAGGAACGCCGCUCGGGCGGCGGCAGCCGCGGUGGCUGCCGAUGGGUGAGGUAUGAAGGGCAGCAGCACCACACCGGUCAUGGUGGCGGUGGCUGGAGCCAAGAAAUGGUGAGAAAACGACGAUGUGUGUGAAGCUCACUGACGUGUCUGUUGUAGAGCCUGAGUUUCAACUUGUUCUCAACGCAUGCUGUUUCUCUGAAGUAACCAAUCCUCUACGACGAACGUGGUGCAACCCUACACAAUGGACUGCUCUUUGCUAGAGAGGAAAAAGCGUCUGCAGCGUAUGCCAUGCGGUUGCCGUACGACCCAUCUGCGACUAUUGUAGACCCUGCUGCUUUGCCCACAUUCGUGACUGCCCCCGACUCC